AUCACCAUCUGUAAUUAUAGCUAAGGUUGUUUGAGAUAGUAGUCAUAUAUAUAAAUGGCAGUUGUGGAAUGGAUUCAGUACAUCUACAGUAACAGGAAGACAUUACACUUUUGAUGGACACUAGAAAAGAAGUUUGCGACAUGUCAAAGACUCGCACAGUUCAGGCGGUGGAUCAUAAUCGAGAUGAUCAGCUCGUUGGUGAUGUACAGCUAUUAUCAAAGUUAUCAUUAACAAAAAGGCGUGCUGCAAAAUUACAGGAUUCAAAAAACAACAGUACCAUUCAAGUAACCACUAGUUCAGCCGAUGUUAGCACCUAUGUUGAAAGAACUAAAGUAUCCACAACACAACUCCUAGAUCCUCAAGACACUGCAUCAAUUCAGUCUCCCACUCAGCAGCCAUCUGAACAUAUUGAUGAAAUCGAGAUACUGCCGCCAUUAAAUGUGGAUCCUACGAAUCAGUGCAACAGACAAACUCCGCUGAAUAUUGAUGAUUCUGUAUCUGGUGAGUCAGCAAACAUAAAACCAACACAUCAGUGUCCUGUGCAACAAAGUAAUCACAGUUUUCCUAGAGUAAAACGGCCUUUAGUGCGUAAAACAUUGAAUGUCUGGUCUAAAAAACACAGACCGGCUAGUGUUGUAACACCUACUAUAGACUCUAGGGACUCAAUAACGACCAAAUCAUCUAACAGUCAUAAGUAUGAUAACAGAUCGGAUAAGUUGAACACAUGGUAUACAUGUGAAACUGAUUUCUGGUAUGAACUAAGAGAAGAAGUUCAGACUGCUAUAACAGAAAUUUCUAUUUUAUUGGGGUCAUCAUGUGAAGAUGAAAUAUUAACCAAAGGCAUCCCACUUAGUAAUAAACUUUAUAUUACAAAUAAAAUAUUUGGUCGCGGGCUGCAACUUCUUCCUCAUGAUACGGUUUCAAAUUUAGAUCUCAGUACCAGUGCAUGUAACCCGGUGCCCACUGAUCAUGCUAGAGAUUUACUACUGUGGCUUUUACAACAGUGUAGAUUCUGGUAUGAUUUAAGAUCUGUUACUGAUACUGUGUUGGAUGAAUUUCAACGUUUAGUGACACUGACUGAUGAAAAAAUGAAGGCUGCUGCGGCUUUAGGCCUUAAAAACAUGUAUGCCGCAUCAAGCAAGUUUUUCCGUAGAGGUCUCAGACUUCUGACUGGUCAGGGUUUAAAAAAUAAACGAGUCAGUAGACCGUAUCUUAGACCCAAUGUAAAUCAGCGGACUAAAGUUGUAAAAAAGCUAUAAAGAUGUUGUCAUCAAAAAAACACACAACGCAGGCUAAAAAACAGCGUUGCUUAGCUCAUCAGAGUGUUACAGGACAUACAAUAACCACAACUACACCCUGUAUUGAUACGGACAUGCCAAUCCCUAUUGAGACAUCGAACAUUGUUGCAGAUGAAAUACCCCAGUCAUAUUUGUCCACCUCCCAUACUGUACACCAAAACACUAACCAUAACUCAAAUAAUGAAAGACCUGUACAGGCUGAAACGUCGAACAACCAUAUUUUUGGAACGUAUAAAUCAAUAUCAUAAGCAACAUCCUAAAUUUAAUUCCACUGAAUAUUAGAACCACUUUAGAUUUGUAAAUAUAGAGAAAGUAUCAUCAUUUAAGGAUGCUGUUCAGUCUGUACAGAGGGGCUAUCCAAGGUUUAUUAAACGAAAUGAUGCCUGACAUAGGUCAUAAUGAUUUGGUUCAGUUACGACUGGAUGGUGACGGCCUCAACAAACCACUGUAUUCAAUUAAAAGAUCUAAGGCCAGCUUAAAUGCUGAGUCCUUUUUAAAUGAUAUGAAUUUGUUGCAGAGUAAUGCUGAUCUUAUUGGGAAUGGAUCUUUAAGACUUGUUGUAACUGUUGUGAAAAACAGAGAAGGGGGUGUAUUAGCUAGACGGCACAUUAGGUCUACACCCUAUAGUCGUAUUAUAGCCACGAAACAGCGCUGGUUAUUUGAUUUAAAUAAUGAUGACAACAAUUUAUGCCUAGCUGGUAGUAUCUGUGCUGUUUUAGCAGAGCAAGACAAACCCGACAGUGUAAUGCUGGAAAAGGCCCGUGAUAUACAUAAAUCAUUGGGUAUCCCUGAUGAUCACUUGGGGGCACAUUUACUAAGCUUGAGUGAAGGAUUCGAAUAAAAAAAACUUCGAAUUUCUAAGUUUUUUUUGGCUACUUUGACCAUCGAAUUGGCUACUUCGACCUUCGACUACGACUUUGAA